CGCCGCUCAAAACGCGUAUUUUUUCAUUUCUCCCUUCCGUACCUCCGUUCACUUCUUUUUUCACUUUUCCCCAUUUUACUCAUGGCGAAUUCUGUGCCAGGCUCUGAAACUUCUUCGGUUUCAAAUAGUCCUCUUCCUGAAGAAGCUAACAACUAUGGUGCUGAUCAAAAGACGCCGUUUUUCGAAUACCACCAUCGCAUGUCGAUCCAAAACCAUGACAGCAAAUAUUUUGGUCAGAACUUGCCUCCUACCGGUGGACCUUCUGGCAUUGACUCCGAUGCAAGCACACCUGUUGACGAUCAACCUCCUGCUGUUCCACGACCUGCCGUCAUUCCUCCCGCAGCAACUGGCACACCGACAACAACAUUUACAACGACUGACGACAGUAACGGAUCAGUGCCUGCCAGCAGCGACACUGUCGAGGAACUGCACGAUUUUGUAAAUGAUACGCAAGAUGCGGCCGUCACUGCCGAGCUGCGUGGGCUUUAUGAAACGUUGCAGACAUGUCUUGACCUGCGGGAAAAGUACAUGAGACGUUCCUGCCAGCGCUUAGAAGACGAUCCCAGGAACAGGGAUGACUGGAACAUUUAUCCAGCUCCACCCCAGCCAUCAUGGCCAUUGCCAUCGCCUGAAGAAAUUACUCGUCGAAAGGAAAAGGAAAAGAAGCGUGAGGCCGAUCCAAUUGGCGCUGUGGGUAGCGACUUUUCAUUUGAAGAAUGCGAAAUUCCUGGCGACCAUGAGUUUACGUUUGGCAUGGGAUCCGAAGGCUUUUACCAAGUGUACCAAACCGAAAAAGAUCAAUUCGAUGAAAAGCCAUUAUAUGAUAUCCCAAGCCGAAAGGAGUUUUUCCAGGACAUGGACUUGGUCCUAGGUACAAUCAGCGAUGGUCCAGCCAAGAGUCUUGCUUUUCGAAGAUUACGGUACCUGGAUGGAAAAUGGCAAAUGUACACUUUGCUGAACGAGUUUCAAGAACUUGCCGACUCUAAGAGGGUACCCCAUAGAGAUUUUUACAACGUGCGUAAAGUUGAUACUCACGUUCACCAUUCCAGCUGCAUGAACCAAAAGCAUUUGUUGCGUUUCAUCAAAUCAAAGAUGAAGAAGUCACCCGAUGAUGUGGUUAUCUAUCGUGAUGGGCAGCACUUGACUCUUAAAGGCGUAUUCGAAAGUCUGAACUUGACAGCAUAUGAUCUUAGCAUUGAUACUCUUGAUAUGCACGCCCACAAGGACUCUUUUCAUCGUUUCGAUAAGUUUAACCUGAAAUACAAUCCAAUUGGAGAAAGCAGAUUGCGUGAGAUUUUUAUGAAGACCGAUAAUUACAUCCAAGGAAGAUAUCUUGCAGAAAUCACAAAGGAGGUAGUAUCGGAUUUAGAGUCUUCCAAGUAUCAAAUGGUCGAGUAUCGUGUAUCGAUUUAUGGAAGAUCAAAGGAUGAAUGGGACAAGUUAGCCAAGUGGGUCGUAAACAAUGGAUUAUUUUCACCUAACGUACGUUGGCUGGUGCAAAUACCUCGCUUGUACAAUAUCUACAAAUCAUCCAAUUCUGUCGACAGUUUCCAUGACAUCGUUCGCAACGUUUUUGAGCCUUUGUUUGAGGUCACCAAAAAUCCUUCGAACCAUCCAGAACUACAUAUUUUCCUGCAACGUGUCGUUGGCUUUGACUCGGUCGAUGACGAAUCCAAACCAGAAAGACGCAUGUUUAAAAAAUUCCCGACACCAAGUGAGUGGGAUAGCAAGCAUAACCCACCUUAUAGCUACUAUCUAUACUACAUGUACGCCAAUGUCUCUUCUUUGAACAACUGGCGCAAAUCCCGUGGCUUCAGCACCUUUGUACUUCGUCCUCACUGUGGUGAAGCAGGUGACACAGAGCAUCUUACUGCGGCAUUUUUAACAUCUUUUGGUAUCAGUCAUGGUAUUCUAUUGCGUAAAGUACCUGCAUUGCAGUACUUGUAUUACCUAGCACAGAUUGGUAUUGCCAUGUCACCCCUUUCGAACAAUGCCUUGUUCUUGACGUAUGAGCGUAACCCACUUCCUCAAUUUUUCCAACGCGGUCUGAACAUUUCAUUGUCUACCGACGAUCCCUUGCAGUUUCAUUUUACGAAAGAACCGCUCAUUGAGGAGUAUAGCGUUGCAGCACAGAUUUGGAAGUUGUCGCCGACCGACAUGUGUGAAUUGGCACGUAACUCUGUUAUUCAAAGUGGCUGGGAAAGUCGUGUGAAAAAGCAUUGGAUUGGUAGAAAAUGGUACAAGAAAGGCGUGGAAGGAAACGAUAUGCAGAGGACCAAUGUACCCGAUAUCCGCGUCAAGUACCGUUACGAUGUGCUCAUGGGAGAAUUGGACAUGUUGAGACGCUACGCACCGCGUCAAUCCAUCGACGCUACACGCGCAGGUGAAGUUGGUGUGCUCAAGCAUGAUAUGGUGGGUGCGGCUGGAUUGCAAUCAGGACCACAACUGCAACAGCAAAUCCACCACUCGCGCGGAGAGCAACAGCAACAAGAGGCAUCGCAACAAGGACAGCAGCAGGCUUCUGCAGGAGAGAAUACUUCGGCAGCCAAGGUCAUUUGGAAAGAGUCUCCAUUCCCCGGUGUUGGUGUGGUUGCAGAACGUGCACGACGUCGUCACGCUCCAAAUCACCAUGAAGACCAGCAACAUCAAUAACAGUAGAUUUAGCAGUAGUAGUGGUAUAUUGUACUUGAGUGUUUUUACUACUUAGCAACUUACCUAGCGACCAGCAAUAAAUUACAUAAGCCAACCUAUGCACUCAGUUCUGUUA